AUAAUGACUCCUGAAGGGCAAUCGACGAGCAGUAACCCACCUCCUGUUCAAUACUAUAACACGUUUCCGGACGAUGAUAAUUUACCGCCAGAAUAUGGACCAUUUGAUGAAGUUGAGCCGCUUAUCGAGGCCGAGCAACCCAUGAAAAUCCGUACUUUAGUCGCGGCGGUCGGCUUAACGGUUCUCGUAUUCACGUUGUUAAUCUCAACGGUCGCAUUCGCUUCAUUGUAUUUUCAUUUACUAAUGCAGAACAAUGCCCGCCUACCCCGUUGGCCUGGACCAUCACUUUCUCCACUCGGAAAAUAUUCGAAAGCCGCCGUCGCCGCCGACAACGAAAUUUGCUCAGAAAUCGGUCGGAAUAUUUUGCUGAAAGGCGGAAAUGCGGUGGAUUCGGCAAUCGCCGCACUUUUCUGUAUCGGUGUAAUGGAUACACAUUCGGCCGGAAUUGGCGGCGGACAUUUUAUGACUAUUUAUAAUGCAACGACAAAAGAGUGUACGGUAAUCGAUGCUCGGGAGAUUGCUCCGCUCGCCGCAACAGAGGAAAUGUACCGUGACAAAUGGAAUCAGUCGAGAAUCGGAUGGAAGGCGAUUGCGGUGCCCGGAGAGCUUCACGGCCUCCGGACUGAAUUCGAGAGAUUCGGAAGUGGAAAAGUCGAGUGGAGACAGUUGUUGAAACCAACUAUUGAUUUGUUGGCUGAAGGCUACCCAACGUCCCAUGCCCUUGCAAAAGCUCUCAACCAAAACGAGCACCAAAUCCGCGCGGAGCCCACCAUGAAAAACUUCAUCAACCCCGAAACUCAGCGUGUCUUCCAACCAGGAGAGCAGAUAAAAACCCGCCAAAACCUUCUAGAAACAUUCCGGCUACUCGCAAACUCCACAGAUCCCAUCGCCGACUUUUAUACAGGUCGGCUCGCCGAGCAACUCGCCAAAGAGUUCGAAGCCAACGGUGGGAUCAUCCGGCUUCAGGACUUUAAAAAUUACAAAUCAAUAGUCCACGACUCAAAAAAUGUGAUCUACACAAAGCUGAAAAACGGGCGCGGAGUCUGCGGCCCGCCGCCUCCCUCGGGCUCAGCGGUGGCUCAGGCAAUACUUAACGUGAUGGAUGGCUUCGAAUAUAACAUGAAGUCGUUCAACGAAAUCGCAACGUUAUACCAUCAUUUUCUGGAAUCUAGCAAAUUUAGUUAUGCGGCUAGAAGCUGGCUUGGCGACCCGCAAUUCGUGGCAAACGCCACGGAAAUCGCCAAAAAUAUUACGUCAAAAGAGUGGGCGGAUUGGGUUAGGUCGAAGAUCACAGACACGACGCAUCCUGAUGAUUACUAUGGAGGAUCGUUUGAAGCACCACCGCAGGAUCAUGGAACAACUCAUGUAUCGAUUAUCGAUGCAGACGGCAAUGCAGUUUCGGUUACGUCUACCAUUAACUUAUACCUGGGUGCCCUAGUAUCCUCCGAAUCGACGGGAAUUCUCUGGAAUAACGAAAUGGACGACUUUUCCACUCCCGGUCAUCCGAAUUUCUUCGGUUUCCCACCGUCUCCCGCCAAUUUCAUUCGCCCUGGAAAACGCCCCAUGAGUAGUCAAAGUCCAUUAGUGAUCUUUAACACAAAAGGGGCGGAGCUUAUGGCGGUCGGCGGAGCCGGUGGAUCCACCAUUAUUUCGGGUGUUGCUGGAGUUGCACUGCAUGCGUUAUGGCUGAAAGCAGAUGUUAAACAAGCUGUUGAUGCUCCAAGGAUGCACAAUCAGUUACAGCCAAAUUACACGUGGUACGAGCCAAACUUCCCGAAAGCCUACGUGAAAUCCCUGAUCGAUCGUGGUCACGUAAUGAAGGCAGUGAACAAUUUGACAGUUGUCACCGCCGCCGAACGACUUUCCGACGGCCAAAUCUAUGCGAACAGUGAUUUCCGAAAAGGGGAGGAGUCAGCGCCAGCGGGAUAUUGAUUAUUAUGUUCAUAUUUUAAAUUUUGUGACUUUUUUGUUGAUUUUUUGUAGAAAUCGGGUGAAAUUUGAAAAUAAAUGUUCUAGUUUUC